AUGGGAACGGUGGAAAUAGAGGCACCAAUAAUCAAGACCAGGACAGAUGAAGAUGUGAAGGAAGACGAACUCUCUCCGAUAGAAGAAGUCCGAUUGACAGUACCCAACGACGAUGACCCAUCUCUACCUGUAUGGACAUUUCGAAUGUGGUUCCUGGGACUCAUCUCCUGUGCCCUCCUCUCAUUCCUCAACCAGUUCUUCUCCUACCGAAAAGAACCCUUGGUAAUAAGCCAGAUCACCGUCCAGGUGGCCACGCUCCCAAUCGGACGCUUCAUGGCCUCAGUCCUCCCAGAUAUUAAGUUCCACGUCCACAUUCCAUUCUUCGGAAAAAAAGAGCUCUCUCUCAACCCGGGUCCUUUUAACAUGAAGGAGCAUGUAUUGAUCUCCAUAUUUGCCAAUGCUGGAAGUGCUUUUGGCGGUGGAUCGGCUUAUGCUGUUGGUAUUGUUACCAUCAUUAAGGCUUUUUAUAAGAGAAAUAUUUCCUACUUAGCUGGUUGGAUCCUUAUCAUCACCACUCAGGUUCUGGGUUACGGUUGGGCUGGGCUCUUAAGAAAGUAUGUGGUUGAGCCUGCACACAUGUGGUGGCCCAGCACCCUUGUUCAGAUCUCCCUCUUCCGAACAUUGCAUGGAAAAGAAAAUGAAGUUGAUGAGCAAGAAACGGAGGUGCAGCAGCGCACGUCAAGAUCAAAAUUUUUCCUUAUCGCAAUGUUGUGUAGCUUCCUCUGGUACAUGGUUCCCGGUUACCUCUUCCAGUCCCUACAAAGCAUCGCAUGGGUCUGCUGGGCCUUUCCUAACUCGGUCACCGCCCAUCAAAUUGGUUCUGGUUUUAGAGGACUUGGCUUCGGAGCCCUGACCCUGGACUGGACGGUGGUAGCUUCGUUCUUGUUCAGCCCUUUGGUCUGUCCGUUUUUUGCCAUUGUCAAUGUCUUCAUAGGCUAUGUCUUGAUUAUCUACAUUGUAAUGCCCAUUUCCUACUGGGGCCUCAAUGUGUACAACGCCAGAACCUUCCCCAUCUUCUCUUCCCACUUGUUCACUGCCCAGGGUCAGUCAUAUAACAUCACGGCCAUUGUUAAUGAUAAAUUCGAGAUUGAUCUGGCACAGUAUGACAUACAAGGAAGGCUCAAUUUGAGUUUAUUCUUCGCUCUCGCAUAUGGCUUUGGAUUUGCAACUAUUGCAUCCACACUGUCUCAUGUGGGGUUGUUCUAUGGAAGGGAGAUUUACACUCGAUUCCGGGCUUCUCAAGAUGAGAAGGUGGAUAUUCACACAAAAUUGAUGAAGAAAUACGAGGACAUACCUUCUUGGUGGUUUCACUUGCUUCUUACUGGGUCGGUACUGGUCUCCCUUGCACUCUGCAUCUUCCUGAAAGAUGAGGUCCAAAUGCCGUGGUGGGGACUUAUAUUUGCAGCUGGCCUUGCCUUCGUAUUCACCCUACCCAUCAGCAUCAUUACGGCCACUACAAAUCAGACGCCAGGGCUGAAUAUCAUCACAGAGUACAUAAUGGGAGUUAUAUUGCCAGGAAAACCAAUAGCUAAUGUGUGCUUCAAAACUUAUGGGUACAUAAGCAUGGUUCAGGCUAUCUCUUUUCUCGGUGAUUUCAAGCUAGGCCAUUACAUGAAGAUCCCUCCAAGAUCAAUGUUCUUGGUUCAACUCAUAGGAACCCUGAUAGCUGGAUCAGUGAAUCUCUUUGUAGCAAUGUGGCUUCUGGAUUCCAUUGACAAUAUAUGUCAGGAGGAGCUCCUUCCAGAAAACAGUCCUUGGACAUGCCCUGGUCAGCGAGUCUUCUUCGAUGCAUCUGUUAUCUGGGGUUUAGUGGCGCCCCAGCGAAUUUUCGGAACACUCGGCAACUAUGGAGCACUGAACUGGUUCUUCCUUGGUGGACUACUUGGUCCAGUUGCAGUAUGGAUCCUCCAUAUCUUAUUCCCCAGCCAAUCUUGGAUUCCCCUUGUCAACCUUCCAGUGCUCAUAGGAGCAACCGCAUCUAUGCCACCAGCCACCCCCGUGAACUAUAAUGCAUGGAUUUUAGUUGGAACCAUCUUCAACUUUUUCGUGUUCAGGUACAGGAAGAAGUGGUGGCAGAGGUAUAACUACAUUCUUUCAGCAGCUUUGGAUGCUGGGGUUGCUUUUAUGGCGGUUCUGAUCUACUUCACUGUGGGCAUUGAGGAAAAGAACUUGUACUGGUGGGGCGCCAACCCUGAUAUCGAUCCUGAACACUGUCCACUAGCAUCUUGUCCUACUGCCAAGGGUGUUAUUGUGGAUGGUUGCCCACGCUUUUAA